CGCGUUUCGAAUAUCCUGCACAACCUUAGACACGCCUCCACCCGCAUCAUCCUUCCACGCCACACUCCGCCAAUUCAUCUCUCUUCACGACUAACGACUCUCUUUCUUCAAGCGGUGGAAUAUCUCUCUCAAAUCGGCCUCCAUUCAUCGCUAUUAAAGCCUUCUCCACGAUCUGACGCCCCCGAACCACAAUCUCUGAAACCCCACCUUCUAUCACUCCACAAUCACAAUGGAGAGGCCUCGUAUCGGCGAUGUAGUCCAAGGCGACCGAAUUCGGAUGUUCUCCGAGUUCCUCGAUCCCCACGACGACGCGCAAAAGAGCUACGCCGACGAAAUCAAGCGAAUGCUUGCACGCGGCGAGCGGCGACUGCAGGUAUCUCUCGACGAGAUCCGAAACCACAACCGCGAGCUCGCCGACGGACUCCUCAAUGAUCCUUUCGAGUUUCUUCCUGCGCUCGAUAAAGCCCUCAAGGAUACGGUCCGCGCUAUGCCGAAUGAUGGACGGUUCCCGGUCAUCACCGACGAUACCAUGUUCUACUGCGCCCUCAUUGGGAGUUUCGGAGAGUAUGCGGUCAAUCCGAGAACUUUGAGCAGUAAACACCUGAAUCAUAUGAUCUCCAUGGAGGGUAUUGUCACCAGGGUUAGUCUGGUCAGGCCGAAGGUCGUCAAGAGUGUGCAUUGGAACGAGAAGAAGAAGCUGUUUCAUUCAAGGGAGUAUCGAGAUCAGACCAUGUCCGUCAAUGCGCCGGCAACAAGCAGUGUCUACCCCCAAGAAGAUGAAGCUGGCAACCCGUUGAUCACCGAGUACGGCCACUGUAUCUACCGUGAUCAUCAAACUAUCUCGAUCCAGGAGAUGCCUGAGCGUGCCCCGGCUGGUCAGCUCCCAAGAAGUGUGGACGUGAUAAUGGACGAUGAUCUGGUGGACAAGUGCAAGCCCGGUGACCGAAUCCAGCUUGUGGGUCUCUACCGCUCUCUGGGAAACCGUAGUGCUGGCGAGGGAUCAUCGACCUUUCGCACUCUUUUACUAGCGAACAAUGUGAUUCUGCUUUCCUCGAAGGCUGGCGGUGGAAUUGCGCAGGCGAUCAUCACAGACACGGAUAUCCGCAACAUCAACAAGCAAGCAAAGGACAAGAACAUCUUCAAUAAGCUUGCCACGUCACUGGCUCCCAGUAUCUACGGCCACGACCACAUCAAGAAGGCAAUCCUGCUAAUGCUGUUGGGUGGUAUGGAGAAGAAUUUAGAUAAUGGAACCCAUUUGCGAGGAGAUAUCAAUAUCCUGAUGGUCGGUGAUCCUUCCACUGCCAAAUCACAACUCCUCCGGUUCGUCCUUAACACAGCGCCGCUGGCGAUCGCCACGACCGGACGGGGCUCCUCCGGUGUCGGUUUGACCGCUGCCGUUACCUCCGACAAAGAAACGGGUGAGCGCCGCUUGGAGGCCGGAGCCAUGGUUCUCGGUGACCGUGGAGUCGUGUGCAUCGACGAGUUUGACAAGAUGAGCGAUGUCGACCGAGUAGCCAUCCACGAAGUCAUGGAACAGCAGACGGUCACCAUCGCCAAGGCCGGUAUCCACACCUCGCUCAAUGCACGGUGCUCGGUCAUCGCCGCCGCAAAUCCCAUCUACGGUCAAUACGAUCCCCACAAGGAUCCCCACCGUAACAUUGCGCUACCCGACUCGCUGCUCUCGCGUUUCGAUCUUCUCUUUGUCGUAACAGACGACAUCGAGGACGUGCGUGAUCGUCAGAUCUCUGAGCACGUCCUCCGUAUGCACCGCUACCGCCAACCGGGUACCGAAGAAGGAGCUCCUGUCCGCGAAGGCGCCCAGCAGAUGCUCGGCGUCGGCCUCGCAGACGACAACGCGGACUCGGGUCGGCCAACCCCCGUCUUCGAAAAGUACGACCAGAUGCUGCACGCCGGAGUCACCAUGACGCAAGGCCGCGGCAAGAAAAAGGAGCCGGAGAUCUACACCAUGGCAUUCGUGAAGAAAUACAUCCAGUAUGCUAAGACACGUAUAAAGCCCGUUCUCACCAAGGGAGCGGCCGACCACAUCGUCAUCACAUACUCGGCGUUACGAAACGACCAGCUUGAGGGAAGCCAACGCCGCACCUCCCCCAUGACCGCUCGUACCCUCGAAACCCUCAUCCGGCUCGCCACCGCCCACGCCAAAUCCCGUCUCUCCAACCGCGUAGAACUCAAAGACGCCGAGAUCGCUGAAGACAUCAUGCGUUUCGCGCUCUUCAAGGAAGUCAUGCAGCCCGAGCGCCGGAAGCGCCGAAGGGUCGACGACGACGUCGAGAUGGCCAAUGGCAGCAGCUCCGACAACGACUCGGACAACGACAAUGCAGGCGACGAAGCCCUCCGCCUCGCUGCCAACAUCCCAGAAGUGGAAAUGGAGGAAGCAGAAGCCGGCAACGUCGACGACGACCUCUACUCGCGUCCGACUCCACGCUCCUCCCGCCGCUCCGCUCGCUCCACCGCUGCAGAAGCAGCAGGAGAAAGCCAGGAGAGUGUUUCGUUCGCAUCCAGCAUUCCCCCGACUUCUGGCUCACAACAGACCGCCUCGUCGUCGUCUGCAAUCUCGCCAGCGAGACUGGCGGUAUUCCAGAUGCAACUAGCAGGACUCCUGGAAGCACCGGUGUUCAGUGAUGAUUAUGCAGAGAUUGCGCCGCUGGUCGAGGAGGUCAAUAAGGGGCUGUCGGUCAGAGAUCAGUUUGAAAUGCCAGAGGCGAGACUGGCACUCGAGGAGAUGACCGAGAGGAAUAUGAUCAUGUUGAGCGCCGAUAUGGUUUAUAAAGUGUAGUUAGAUGGGUUGGGGUUGGGGUUGGGAAAGGACGAUACCUACAUUGCUAUGUUUCUUGCUGGUUUUGGGUGCGGAUUAAUGAGACCUCAAUGGCCAUUUGGGCUGCCCGUC